AUGGAUACUCAACCAAGGAAAAAUCUUGAGGUUUUCGCUGAAGUAAAGAAGCUGUUGGCAUUGGCAAUGCCACUAAUGUUAGUACAUCUACUGUUGUUUUUCUUACAAGUGAUUUCAGUGAUGUUCGUUGGUCAUCGCGGAGAGCUAGCUCUUUCCGGUGCAUCCUUGGCUACUUCCUUCGCCUUCGUGACUGGCUUCAGCUUGUUGUUGGGAAUGGGAAGCGCGCUGGAGACACUUUGUGGUCAAGCAUAUGGUGCUACACAACAUCACAUGCUUGGCAUAUAUAUGCAGAGACGGAUUCUUGUUAUCUUGAGACAAGAUCCAGAAAUAGCAGCUGAAGCAGGAAUAUAUGCACGGUUCAUGAUACCGAGCAUCUUUGCGUAUGGGCUGAUAGAAUGCCAGAUUAAGUUCCUACAAACUCAAAACAUCAUCAAGCCCAUGAUGCUUACAACAGGAAUCACUUUGUUGCUGCAUGUUUUGAGCUGCUGGAUUCUCGUUCUCAAAACUGACCUUGGAAGCAGCGGCGCUGCUCUGGCUAACGCUUUGUCUUACUGGAUUAACAUGUUCUUGCUAGCUGCUUAUAUCAGAAUAUCGCCUUCUUGCGAAAGCACUUGGACCGGAUUUUCAAGAGAAGCAUUGUCUGAUAUCCCAAGAUAUCUUAGACUAGCAAUUCCUUCAGCUCUAAUGAGUUGCUCAGAGAUAUGGUCAUUUGAGAUGCUGGUUCUUUCGUCUGGACUUCUUCCGAAUCCUAAACUAGAAACCUCAGUUCUGUCAAUCAGCCUUAAUACAUCAGCUGUGUUCCAUACGUUGUCCGAAGGACUAGGUGGGGCUACAAGUGUGAGAGUGUCGAAUGAACUAGGAGCUGGAGAACCACAAUCAGCCCGUGUUGCAGCACGUGCUGCAACACUCUUAGCUACUGGAGAAGGCACUCUAAUAGCUGUUUUCAUGAUCUUGGUUCGAAAAGUAUGGGGCCAUUGCUACAGCAAUGAAGCAACUGUAGUGAGAUAUGUAGCAGAAAUGCUAUUUUUUAUAGCAGGUUCCCACUUCAUAGAUGCGCAUAAAUGUGUAGUUACAGGUAUUGCUAGCGGGUGCGGAUUGCAAAAGAAAGGUGCGUUUGUCAAUUUGGGAGCUUAUUGCCUGUUGGGACUGCCUACUGGUAUGGUGUUAGCUUUUGUCUACCAUAUCGGAGGAAAGGGACUAUGGUUGGGAAUCAUUGUGGCUCUUUCUGCACAAACACUGAUUUAUUUGGUUGUUGUUCUGCGGACAAACUGGGACAAACUGGCAAUGAAAGCAGCAGAAAGGAUAUCUUCGUAA